AUGUCUCUACAGUCCCUUCCCUUCGAGAUCUUGACACAAAUAAUUCAACCGCUUAUCCCAUCUAAUCGGAGUAGUUUGAGCACGGAUUCCAAAACCGGUGUUUUGAAGCUUCGCACUGUCUGCCGAAGCUUUGACCAUGUGGUAUCGCGAUGCGCGCUCCGAAAGCUGGGGGCAAUUGCUAUGCUAAGCCAGACAGAAUUGAAACUAUUCUCUGGCUUCUACUCACCAAGGCCAAAAUGGAAUGUUCCACCCAAGGGAGCCCUUUUGAAUUUAUUUAUCUAUGUGCCUCUUUUAUGGCUCGUCAAACACGCUGGGGUUUCUUCGAGUGUCCGAAGAGACUGGGAGUGGUUGGGUACCGUUUGCGAGGCUAUUGUUGCCUCUCACGACACGCAGUGGGUGCUCAACCUCCUGGUUGGGGAUUCAAGUAUGUUUCCGGGGCCAGAAGCUUGGGAAUUCCAUCAUGGACUCAGCUUCAAAGAAGCGAGAGAGUCUCAAGUCGAUGGAGAAACGAUCACGGCUGCUCAGUCAACCGUGGCAUUAUCUCUCGCUUCAUUCCGAGGCGACGAGGAGGGGGUGACUAUGCUUCUUUCCAGCGGAGGAACCCCCGACAUGUGCCAUUUUUUAUUUGCCAAGCCCUUGUAUAACGCGGCAUACAACAAUCAUGUUCAUAUUAUGAAGUUGCUGGUAAAGCACGGUGGCAGCCUCCAAACAAGUGGGCAAUUCGGCACUCUCAUUGAAGUCGCUUGUCGGCAAGGCCACAUUGAAACCCUUCGAUAUCUCCUGGACACUAUUCCCAUACGAGAGUCAAAAUGUUCCCUUAGUAAAGUCUUGCUGCUUGCUUGUAGGAAUGGACAUGAAGAAGUCGUUCGCGUUCUUCUCCAAUGGGUCGAUAGCAUGAAUGCAGUGGACCAAACUUGGAGGGAGCUCGGCAGCCAUCUCGGAUUCAAAAUGAUUGGGGCGCGGCCCCAGAUUGACUUGAACUGCUCAAUCAUGAAUGAGGGAACACCCUUGGCAGCCGCCGUUGCAAAUGGGAAUGAAGCGAUAGUUCGCAGGUUGGUGGCUCGUGAUGACGUGCAACAGCAUUUUGGAAGAAGCAGAUUCUGCCCAGUCUGGCUUGCCGUUAAACAGGACAAUGCAUCAAUUGUCGGCCAUCUUUUGGAUCGCUAUCAACUAGAGCCUAACUUCAUCAUUAAGCGAGACAUGACGUUGCUUUGUGCAGCAGCAGGCCUGGGAAGUGCGGCAGUUGUCCGGAUGCUUCUUCAACGAAGGGACAUCGAUCCCAACUUCCGAGCGCAAGAAAGUCAUACGACCCCGUUAUCAUUAGCAGUGCUUAGGGGACAUAGCGAGGUCGUUGGAUUACUAUUGGAGCGAGAGGAUAUUGACCCGAAUAUUCCAGCACGGGACUGGAGGCCAUUGGAAAGAGCUGUGCAUAAGGGGCAUGAAGCCAUUGUAAGACUCCUCCUCAUGCGGCAAGAUCUCAAUCCGAACCUCCAUGAAACUCCCUUCACACCGUUAGGGGCUGCGGCGAGGCUAGGCAUGAAAAAUAUCGUACGGAUGCUUCUGGAGCGGCCUGACACGAAUCCAAAUCUUGGACACCCUGACUCUGGUCACACUCCCCUGAGACUUGCCAUCAUCCGCCACUGGCCACAUGUUGUGAGGGAGCUCCUCCAACGAAAGGAUGUCGAUCCAAAUCAAACAGGAAUACAUGCAUACAUUGUAAUAGAACCGCCCCUACAACGUGAAUUAGAACAGCCUCCAUUUGCUCCUGUCAUAUAUGCUAUUUCGGUCGGAUCAACGGAUGGACUGCGACAACUACUAUCUCAUGAGAACAUAAAUGCCAAUGAGCAUCACGAAGGCCAGACUCCACUGAUUAUGGCAGUCCAAAGCAGACUGACCGACAUGGUUCGUGUUCUUCUGGAGCAUCCAAACAUUGACGUAAAUAAAGCAGCCACAUGUGAAUCGUACCAUGACGAGGUUCACAUUAGGACGGCUGAAAGCACGACCUGGUCGUACACGCCAACCUUAGUUCAGGCAGGCGGCCCUGGCCCAACGCCUCUGUUCAUCGCCUGUAGAAAAGGCUACCUCGAGGUUGUCAGUCUUCUUAUCGAACACCCAAGGAUCAACUUGAAAAUGAGCGAUGAUAGGUCUCGGACUGCGCUUUGGUGGGCGGCGUGGGGAGGGAACCCGGAAGUGUUCACGCUACUUCAAAAAAACUGUGGUGAAUACAUCAAUACCUCCGACUUUGAAGGCUGGACGGCGCUGCAUGUCGCAGUAAAUUGGGGUCAUGGUGUGAUUUUUGAUAUCCUGAUGGGCUGCGCGGAGCUUGACCCAAACGCCGUCAACCAAGAUGGCUGGACUGCUCUUCAUCUCGCCGUUGACCGUGGUAGAGAGGCCAUAGUGUUGAAACUUCUCAAACAUCCCAGGAUUGAUAUAACAUGUAGGAAUUCAGACGGGCAGACGCCAAUGGAUUUGGCCCGCUGGAGAGGGUAUGAGAGGCUGGCUGAUCUCGUCCACAACCGAGGCCGGCGUCUUGGGCGUGCGCGUGUAACGACCAAACUAUUCUUCUCGAAAUAUUCGAGAUAG